AUGACCAUGGCCACCAGGAUUCUCCUGCUCCUUGCUGUCACUGUCUGCAGCACAGUCGCCCAGCGUGAGUCUACCUCUCUUUACCAUAACUACCAUUACUGUGUUAUGGUCAUUUAUUAAAUGUGAAUAGAAUAUUACAAUUUUGGGAGCAGGCUAAUUGUUUUUGUAUUGCUAUUUAGUCAUUUCAAGUAGCUCAACUUAACUCAAUUUAAUGUUAAAUGAUUCUAUGUAUAGGUUCUGUGAGCCAGCGUUGUUUGUGUCGGAAGGUGCGGAAUAGCUUUGGACGCACAACAGCUGUUGCGGACAUCCAGGUCUACCCACCAACCACCUCCUGUAACAGGCUGGAGUUCAUGUGAGUAUCUAUAUCUUAUCAGUUAUGAUGAUGAUGAUGAUGAUAUUAAGACGUCAGCUAAAAACAUUGCAAUGUAAAUGUCAACCAUUCUAUAUAUUGACAGUGUUAGCCUUGAGAAUGGACUCCAGUACUGCCUGGACCCCAGCAUGAAGAAUGUGCAGAACCUUCUCACUCGCCUGAUGUGA